GUCAAGAUAGAAUGCAAACAUACUGUGCAAUCGCUCAGAUUAUCAUACAGAUAUAGCAGCAGGGCAACAGGCAGCCCGAGACGGAAGCGCCCCUCACUACCGGGCAGCUCAAUUAUUAGAUUCCCCUAUCCCUGCACAAUCUAGGGUGCUAGAGAAGCAAAAUUGCAACCAAAAUGCAGGCCCUGCAGACAGGGCGCAGCCCAGCGCUUCACGGCGCCUCGCAGAGGCGCAACCCUGGUGUCCUGCGUAAAACAUGGUCUCGUGUGGAUGCUGUGCGGGUCCAGGCUGCCGAAUCUUCCGUUCCUGUGGAUUUUAGCAUCAAAUGCAAGGUUGACUUUGGCGAGUCAGUGCGGCUGGUCGGCAACCAGCCCUUCCUGGGCAGCUGGCAGCCCAAAAAGGCCGUUGAGUUGCGUUGGACCGAGGGCAACAUAUGGAAGACGGAGGCUCGCGUGCCCGUGGGAACCGAGGUGGAGUUCAAGGUGGUGAAGAUGAAGCCGGACGGCGAGGUGAUCUGGGAGGACGGCGACAACCGCACCUUCAAGGUCCUCGGUCCCGACUAUGGCCUGAACGUGAUCAGCGCCUGGGCUAAGGCCCAGGACACCAAGAUCGACGCCUUCAAGCUGUCCGACGGCAGCCGCCAGGCUCCCGCGGCGGCGGCGGCGGCGGCCAGCAACGGCGCCGGCGCGGCGGCGCAGCAGCCCCCGCAGCAGCAGUCGUCGUCCAAGAGCUCCCGCAGCCGCGAGGCCUCCGCCACCUCCUCCGUGGACGGUGGUGACAGCAGCAGCAGCAGCAGGGGCUCCACCGCGGUACUGUCCAAGUCGUCGUUCGAGGAGGAGAGCGGCUCGCGCGGCGCCUGGGUGGGCGCCGGCCCGGAGUUUGUGCGCAGCCGCAAGAAGGACGAGCGGCCGGCGGGCACCUGGCGCACCGAGGGGCUCAGCGGCGUGGCGCUGGCGCUGGUGAAGGGAGACGAGCAGGCGGCCAGCUGGCUCAAGAAGCUGGGCCUUCAGAAGCAGCUGCUGGUGGACUCGCCGCCCGCCUGCCGCCCCCGCCUGGACGACCUGUCCUACCUGUACGUGUACGCCACAUGGGUAAACACCGGCGCGCUGGCCUGCGCCGAGAGCGGCUCGCACUACCGGCCCAACCACCACGCCAACCUGGCGCUGGCCAUGUUCCGCUCGCUGGAGUGGGUCAUCGGUGACGCCACGCGCGGCGGCGGCGGCCGCAGCGCCGCCGCCGAGAAGCUGAUCAUGGCGGCCCGGCGCAUGCACACGCGGCUGCCGUCCUUCAGCGGCGAGUUCCGGGUGUCCACGCCGCUGACGCGCAUCCGCGACAUCGCGCACCGCAACGACAUCCCCAAGGAGCUCAAGGACGAGAUCAAGCACACGCUGCAGAACAAGCUGCACCGCAGCGCGGGCCCCGAGGACCUUGUGGCCACGGAGGUGAUGCUGCAGCGCGUCACCGCCCGGCCGGGAGAGUACUCCGAGGCGUUUGUGGAGGAGUUCAAGAUCUUCACGCGCGAGCUGCGCGAGUUCUUCAACGCCUCGGGCCUGGUGGAGCUGCUGCAGGGCACGCUGCCGGCGCUGGACGACGCGCACGGCUCGGCGGUGCGCUCGCUGCUGCAGCUCAAGGAGCGUGUGGAGGCGGCGGGCGGCGGCAACGGCAACGGCGGCGGCGGCGGCGCCAAGCUGGACGACCUCAUGGCGCUGCUGACGGCCACCACGCAGGCCCGCUCCUUCUACUCGGCGGGCCUGGUGGCGGGCCUGCGCAACGACGUGACGGACGAGGUGCUGGCCAUGCGGCAGCGCUGGCGGCUGGCGGACAUCCGGCUGGAGGAGUACGCCUUCGUGGUGCUCAGCCGCAUCAUCGGCCAGCUGGAGGAGCAGGGCGCCCCCGCCAAGCUGCCCAAGGCCACCAACCUGCAGUGGGCGCUGCCGCUGGCGGCGCUGACCAGCGGGCUGCGGCACAUGGGGCUGUCGCUGUACGACACGCGCGAGCUGCUGGUGCUGGAGAACGAGCUGCAGCGCUGGCACAGCACCUGCCCGCUGACGGAGACUCGCGACGCGGCCCUGCGCGCCAAGGCCACCCUGGAGCGGGCGCUGCGUGUGGCCACCGAGUACAGCGACGCCCUCGCCGACGUGUACACGCAGCCCGCAGCCACGCUGGGCCGCGCGCUGGGGCUGCCGGAGCACAUGGGCGGCAUCUUCGCGGAGGCGGAGGUGCGCGCCUCCAUGGCCUUCCAGGUGUCCAAGCUGGCAGCCAUGCUGGCGCGCGCACUGCGGGUGGCGGCGGGCCAGGAGCCGUGGGACGUGCUGGUGCCGGGUGAGGUGUCGGGUGUGCUGCGCGAGGCGGCCUCACUGGACAGCAACGCGCUGGGCCCCGCCAGCAGCAGCAACGGCAACGGCGCGGACGACGGCGUGGUGCUAGUGGUCCGGCGCGCUGACGGCGAUGAGGAGCUGGGUCCGCUGGGUCCCCGGCUGCGCGGUGUGGUGCUGCUGCAGGAGCUGCCGCACCUGUCGCACCUGGGCGUGCGCGCCCGGCAGGACAAGGUUACGUUUGUGACGUGCGACGACGCGGACGUGAUCAACCGGGUGCUGCGGCCCAUGCUGGGCCGCCGCGUGACGCUCACAGCCACUGGCGACUGCGCCGUCAGCCUGCGCGAGGGCGGCUCAGCCGCCCCCGCGCCCUCCAAAGCGCCCGCCGCCAAGGCGGCAGCCGCGCCCGCGCCCGCGGCCGGCUCCGCGCCGGACGCGGCGGCCGUGGCGGCUGUGAGCAAGGCCUACGCCUCGGGGAAGUGGGGCGAGGUGGUGGUGCCUCUUGACAAGGCGGUGGUGGCGGCGUGCGGCUCCAAGUCCGCCAAGUGCGGCGCGCUGGUGACGCUGGCGGCCUCCAGCGGCGGCCUGUUCGCGGCGCCGCGCGGCGCGGUGCUGCCCUUCGGCUGUCUGGAGGCGGCGGUGGCGGCGGCGGGCGGCGACACGGAGUCGCGGUUCAAGGAGCUGCUGGGGAAGCUGGAGGACGCCAAGAGCGGCGACGGCGCAGCGCUGGACGCGACGUGCGAGCAGCUGCAGGCGCUGGUGGCGGGGCUGACGGUGCCGCCGGCGCUGGUGCGCCAGCUGGUCCAGUCGCUGACGGGCGGCGCGGCGGCCGACCCGCAGCUGCUGCUGGCGGUGCGCUCCUCCGCCAACGUGGAGGACCUGGCGGGCAUGUCGGCGGCGGGGCUGUACGACAGCGUGGUGGGCGUGGCGGCGGCCGACGACGGCGCGGUGGGCGCGGCGGUGGCGGCGGUGUGGGCCAGCCUCUACACGCGCCGCGCGGUCAUGAGCAGGAGGUCUGCGGGCGUGUCCCAGUCGUCUGCGCGCAUGGCGGUGCUGGUGAUGGAGAUGGUGGCGCCCGACCUGUCCUUCGUGCUGCACACGGCGCGGCCGCGCGACGGCAACGACAAGGUGUUGCUGGCGGAGGUGGCGCCGGGGCAGGGCGAGACGCUGGCGUCAGGCGUGCGCGGCACCCCCUGGCGUUUCGAGGUGGAGAAGGCUAGCGGCAAGGUGGACACACUGGCAUACGCCAACUUCUCCACGGCGCUGAUGCUGCCGGCGCAGGGCACUGCCGCCGCGGUGCCGGCCUUCGCCGCGUAUGGCAGCGGCGCCGCCACCAGCCUCAUCGCCGGCUCUGGCGGCGAGGCCAGGCCGCUGCCGCACGUGCCCACCGCCCUGGUGGACCGGGAAGUGGACUACAGCACGCAGCGCAUGAGCGCUGACAAGGACUGGCGCGUGGCGACGGUGCAGAAGCUUGCGGAGGUGGGCGGCAGCAUCGAGAAGGCGAUGGGCGGCGUGCCGCAGGACAUCGAGGGCGGCGUGGUGCUGGGGCGGGAUGGGGCGCUGGCGCUGCACGUCUUCCAGACGCGGCCGCAGUGAGGAGCAAGGGAGAGGGGGCUUGGCUUGGAUUGGGGGGUGUUGGGUGGUUCAAGACGUUGGCAAGAACGUAGAUGGCUAGCCGCAGCGAGGCUCUGGCCUCUGGGGCCAGGGGCUGGUGGGCAGUUGGGUGGAGUUAUGGAUGUGCCAGGUCGGUUGGUUAACAGUCUGCUGGCUGGGGCUUCAAAGUAACGUGAUCUGAUCAUGUGCAUUCAGACUCGAAACCCCCAAGGGGUGGAGUGGGUGACGUGGCACCGGUGCGCGGGCAGUAUUUGGGAGGAGGGGAUUCUCGUGCCGCGUGUGGCGAGCUCGAGGCCCCGCUUUUCAUUAGUCCCGCCGAACUGGGCACAUAUUGUGAGCCUCAACAUUACACGGCUUCAACUCGUGUAAGUUGAGACUAGUUAGAUUCCGGCAUACGAUGUUUGGGCCUGAAUGCCGGGCAAGUGCGAGAAGCGAGCAAAGAACCCCAACUCCUACUUGUCGAAAUAGAGGGUGUUUAAAAAUCCAAUAAG